AUGCUACCGGUCCGCCACCCCAGAACCCUCCUCCUAACCCUGGAUGCCUUCAACACCAUAUUUCACCCGCGGCAGCCCGUACCUGAAAUCUACACACAUGUCGCACAAGACCUCGGCGUCAUCCCUUCCACAAUAACCGCCGAUGCGGUAAAGCCGGCGUUCAGGACCGCAUUCAAGCGCAACAGCGCGCAGUACCCGAACUAUGGUCGAGAUACUCCUGGGUUUGGCGGACCGAAAGCAUGGUGGGGCAAAGUCAUUCGAGAGUGUUUCGCUCAGGUCAAAGGGGGGAGUACGACGGUAGACGAGAUUCCGGAUAGGUUGGUGGAAACGCUGUUCACCGUAUUCGGGGGAGAGGCGUAUAAACUGUACAAUGAUGCAGAGCCAUUUUUCAGGAAAUUGCAAUUGUGGAAACAGGCGAAGAGGUCCCGAAACGUUUCCCAAGACCUAGUUAGGGAAGACUGUUGGGAUCGGAUUGUCGUUGGAGUUAUCUCCAAUUCGGAUGAUAGAGUCCCUACGAUUUUGAGAUCAAUGGGCUUGCGGGUCGGAAGUGCGUGGGCGGAUAACGGGGAUUUGCUUCCCCCUGCCGAUGAAACGCAUGAUGCGAUAAAGCAGGAAAAUGAUAUUGAUUUUAUUGUUACGAGUUAUGAAGCUGGGAAGGAAAAGCCGAAUAAGCAUAUUUUCGACGUUGCCCAAAAGCGUGCAGGCGAGUACCUGAAUGCCACUAGCCCUGCUAAACGUCCACUCUUCCCAGCUCCGAGCUAUUAUUGCAUUCAUGUUGGGGAUGAUUAUCACGAUGACUAUCAGGGAGGACAGAGUGCUGGUUGGGAUAGCUUUUUACUGCUAAGGGAAGAUGUUGAAAUCCCAGAACACGCACAAAAGUCUGCACGCUCAAUCUCUAACCUUGAUCAGUUAUUUUCUUUAUUGCGCAUGGAGGAUCACGAUGGAAGGUUGGUAUAG